UCGGCAUCAAGUUUUGCUUCAGCAGCUCUUGCGUUUAUAUACCCUUGCUCCCAUGGCAUCAGACCUCAAAAGAAAGCGCGCUGCGCGCACUGAGACACAUGGAGGAAAGCGUAGGAAUGUCAGUGCAGAGCGAGGGGAACACUCGGCAUUCAGCGACGCAAAAAAUCUCGCCGAUACUCAUCUCGAUGGUUCUAAAGAUGAAGAACCGGAAAAUACAGAGCCUGAAUCUGGUUCAGAUGAGGAAAACGAGUGGGCAGGAAUGGACAGUGAGAGCGACGAAGGCCCGCCAGCCCAUAAUGCGAAUGGCAGAGUGGGUCGUUCUGGGAUGCCACCAAAGCAGGUACCAAAGGGGGAGGAGCUAAGAGACAUCAGCGACGCUGCGAGCUUGUAUAGGUCGACAUCAUUCAAGUUGCAGAUAGACGCCCUCUUGCCGAACGUCCGACCAAAAUAUGGAAAAUCAUCAUCGCUUGACCACUUCCUACUCUCUCUUUACACGUUCCUCAAUAGUCUUCCCUCCAAACCGCUCCAACAUCCUCUUGCGGCUUCCCGCCACCUUCUCAAAAGGAGCAUAGCAGUAGCUUAUCCUCUGCCCGUUCCAACAGAGGAGACCAACUGGACAGUAGCCUUCGAGAAGCCGAGCGAGAUACUGCUAGUCGGUAGCUGGGCAUUGAAGACGAGUGUGAAGGCGAAGGAUGGACAUAGAUAUGGAGUUGAUGUGGCUGUCGCAAUGCCUGACUCCCUGUUCCAAGAGAAAGACUAUAUGCAUAGCAGGUUUUUCCACAAACGUGCGUACUAUCUAGCUGUGAUUGCUGCAGCCAUCGCAAGUAAGAAGAGCCCAUUCGACAUGGAACUAUCAUACGAGUCUACGUUCGGCGACCCCCGCCUCACCAACCUCAUCAUCAGACCAAAGCACGACGGCUCUCAAAACGACUUCUCCAAUCUCAACGCCGAGGUCCACAUCAUCCCUGUGCUCUCUCCUACUUCCCCCAUCCCGCUGCAUCGCCUUUCUCCCUCGCGUUCAAACAUACGCACGUCCGAUGAUGCUUCUAAGGAUGCGCCUUCACCGCUCUACAAUUCCUCGCUCCUGCAGUGCAUGGCGUACAAAAGCCACUUUCUCUCCAUGCAUGCAGUGAAAGAGGCGGUGCCCGCGUUCAACGACGCGCUAGCGCUGCUACGGGUGUGGGCGAACCAGCGCGGGUACGGGGUGGGAAACAGGCUGUGCGUGAGGGGAUUUGAGGGAAGGGGGGAUUGGUGGGCGUCUUUGUUGGAGAUGCUGGUCAACGGGGAGGAGCCGCUCGCUUCAUCAUUUAGCAAGGCAUCGGCGAAGCGGAAGGCGUUCGGAAAAGGCUUGAGCUCAUAUCAGCUCUUCAAAGCUGCGCUGGACUUUCUUGCAAAGCAUGAUUUUUCGAAGGAACGGGUAUUCGUAAAGACAAAAGACGGUCAUCGAUUCUCGCCUGAUGACUACCGAUCACAUGAAGCCGUCUUCGUCGACUCCACCUCGAUGCGAAACCUGCUCGCAGCCGUCCCGCUCGGUUCGCUGGCCAUGCUCCGAUACGAUGCUCAGCAAACAUUACAGCUGCUGGACAACUCUCCUAUCACAGAAGAUCCUUUUGUAGCUGUGUUGCUCAAGGAGCUGCGGGACGUCUCUUCACGCUUUGACGUUGUUGCUCGAGUGGAUCUUACUUCUGCUAAGCUACGUAAGGUCUCCCAGCAGGCUAUUCUUGAGCACGGAUCAGCCUACAAUGCUCUUCUUGCCGAGCUUGUAUCCUAUCUGCAACAAGGUCUUGGAAACCGCGCGAAAGCUAUCGUCGUGCUCCAUCCGACAUCUCAACACCGAAAGACCUCCCAAGCACACCCCUCUAAUCCUUCUAUCAUCUACAUCGGAUUGAUCCUGGACAUCGAGCAUGCCUUCCGGCUGGUCGACCACGGCCCGCCAGCCGCAGAGCAAGAGAGUGAGGCAGCACAACAAUUCCGCGACUUGUGGGGCGAGAAGGCGGAGUUGCGUCGGUUCAAGGAUGGCAGCAUCGUUGAGAGUGUUGUCUGGAUGGUCACCAACCCGGACGAGCGCGCGCAUAUUCCUGCCAUGAUCAUGCGGCACAUUUUAAAGCGGCAUUGUGGCAUCGACGAGACUGCGGUACAGACGUGGCAGGCGUCGUUUGAUGGAGUGUUGCGCCUGCCUGAGUCCAUCGCGGCGAAAUUCCGAGCCAACAACGGGCCGAUAGGUUUCAAGGCUGCCAUGACAGCGUUCGACCAGCUCGUCCGCACUAUGAAGGCGCUCGAGGGGCAGAUUCCACUAAGCAUUCUAACCGUCAGUCCUGUUACAGAUACAUUGCGCUACACGAGCACGCUAAAUCCCGUCGCCAUCUCCGCAUCGCUUGCCGCCGCGUUGCCACCCUGUGCGCGGUACAUCGCCCCGAUGGAGGUCGUGAUUGAGUUCGAGCGGUCCGGCCGCUGGCCCGACGAUCUGCGUGCAAUCCAGAAGAUCAAGCUGGCCUUCUUCGAGGCGCUCGCAACCGCGCUCAUGGCUGCUCACAAAGGGCUUCGUGCGACUGUCGUCCUCAGCGACGGUACGCCCGCCUCCGAGAUACAGGACCAGGCGUUCCUCGAGAUCGUCACUGUGGACGGCUGGGCGUUUCGCGCACGCAUUCGGCACGACCGCGAGGCAACGCUGUUGCAGCGCCUGAUCGAGGGCGAGCGCUCGCAUAUCCCGAAGCACCUGCAGAAGGACGAGGACAUUGACCCGAAGGCGCGACAGGAAGCGCUCGCUGCGCUUGAAGUGUACCGCCGGCGGUUCGUGCACGGCCCGCGGCAUCAUCGCGCAGUCGCAGCGAUGUGCCACCGCUUCACAGCGUUUGCGGGGACUGUGCGGCUCGUGAAGCGGUGGCUGGGCUCACACUGGCUCCUGAAGGGGCACGUCAGCGGGGAAGCUGCGGAGCUGCUGUGCGCACAUGUAUUCUUUCGGUGUGGUACGGUAGGCGUGCCGGGGACGAAGGAGCGCGGGUUCGCGCGCGUGGUGGAGUGGCUGAAAGAUUGGGACUGGAGUGCGGGCGUGUAUGUGCCCGUGUAUGGUGCGGCGGAGGACGUGGCGGUGCUGGGAGAGGAAGAGAAGGCGCAGGUGACGGUGACGGCGGAUGCGAGGGUGGGCGUGUGGGCGGUGGCGACGGAGCUGGAUCCUGAUGGGCACGUGUGGACGAGGGCGGGCCCUGACGCUGUCGUCGCGCGUCGUGUGCGUGCGCUCGCGCAGGCGACAUGGGAGUGCCUGCAAGGGAUUGAACGCGACGUGUUUGACGUGUUGGUGUGUGGACCUUUUUUUUCUCCGCUGCCUUUGCAGCAAGUGCUAAGAUUCCUUCUCUCGCAGACUCUCUUUGCGCACCCGACGGAACACUACGACUUUCUCAUCGAGUUCGAUCCAACCGUGCUCCCCCGCUAUGCACAGAACGUCCGUGCGGAUCCUGCCGUAUGGGAGACUAAGGGGAAGUACGCCAACGCGAAGGCCAUACCGGCCUCUUCCUCUUCCGCUGUGCUGCCAGGGUUCGACCCCGUACAGGCGCUUUCUGAUGACCUCCAGCGCGUGUAUAAGGACACAUUCGUCCUGUUCUACGAUCCUCUUGGUGGAGACAAAUUAGGCGGUGUAUGGGAUCCGAGGUUGAAUGCGCCGCGGUCCUUCCGUGUGCUGGGCGGGUUCUCGAGCAUGCCAGCGUACGCGGUGAGCACUUUUCCCCAUGCAUUCCCUUUGAAGUCUCUGUCUUUCUUUUCGCUGAUAACCGAUUUGCAGGAUGCAGACAAGGUGCAGUCCAAGUCGAAAGCGAAGGAGAAGGAAAAAGACAAGUCGCUCGUCGCGUUAAAUGAAGUCGCGGUGCUGAGCGAGGUAGAGCGGAUGGGCGCGGGAAUGAUCACAAGGAUCGUGCGACACAUCUAGCAUGCCUUCCUCUGCACAGGUGUUCAUGCCCGCGUGUGCCCCACAUGCAUAUAUGCGCGGUUUCUCCUGAAAUUAUUUCUUAACUCAUCUUGAUGCUACCUUGGCUGUGGUGAUAACGGGAGGUAUACGUUGGUAAUCGUUUGCUUAUGCUAUGGCUACAUAAGGAGUAGAUAAGUUUCGCAAAUAGCAGAACGAUAUUCAUUGAAAUAGUGAUUUGUAUAAUGAUUCUCUUCGCGUAUUGGGAUGAGAACCAUGGCGCGCACUUACCUCUCCUCCAGUGACGUCCACACCUUCUUCGCAACGUCGUCCAUGACCUCUCUCCACUUCCU